AUGCUCUCUGCACCGUAUCCGUACUCUCUGCACCGUACCCGUGCUCUCUGCACCGUAUCCAGCUCUCUGCACGUAUCCGUGCACCUGCAGCACGUGCUCCCUGUUUCGUGUCUCAUGCUGCCGUUACUUCUCCGCUGGCCUCCUUCUUCCGCCCCACCGACCCCAAUUUGUGGUUAUCCUUCCUAUUGUCGCGCAGACCAAGCGUCGUCAACGCUUGCUUCGAGCAAUCGUGCAUUGACUGGCUCGUGCGCCCUGCGUGCUGACGUCUCGUCUACCUACCAAUCGUUUACUUUCACCUCGAGCGUAGCGGGCAUACCUAUUGGCAAGUCAGCAACGGUCACGGCUGCCGGUUUCUACAGGCUCAGCACGGGAGCCCUCGUGAAGGCCAUUCCAUGCACGGCCAAAGCGGACACAGCAACGGGCACUUGGAGCUGCAACGCGAAUGGCGGCGCACAGCUCACCUCGGCUUAUGUGCCUAUCAACCCGAUCGAACCGUUAAAAAGCGCUGGGGUGUUCGCGUCUCCCUCGAGCUUUUUUUUUUCGGUAAAUGUUGAUGGCGUGGAGGUGAAGGGGAAUGUUGUAGCAUCGGUUGGUCAGUACUACUUACAGUAG